AUGCACCUUCCAGCUUACGUUAUCACGGCUCUUUUCUUCGGCAGCGCCCAUGCUCUUUUGAAAGGAUUUAAUGCGCAAAUAAGGACGGCCAAAGGAGCAUGCAAAACCAAGGCAGAUUGGAUAGUAGAUUUCAAUACAAUAAAGUCGUUUCCGGGAGAUUUCGACAGUAUACGAUUAUUCUCCGUCAAAGAUUGCAACGCACUCGGCAGCAUCGCACCAGCUGCCAUUGCCACAGGCGGCAAAGUUUUUGCUGGAGUUUCGGCUCAAAAUCCGGAAAUUUUUGAAGCAGAAAAAAGCCGACUGCUAGAAGCCGUAAAAAAACAUGGCUUUAGAUGGCUUGGGGCCGUGUCGGUGGGGAGCGGAGAGCUCGACAAUGAUGUGCUAACGGCCGAUGGGCUCGUUGAAAAAAUCAAAGAUAUCCGUCAUAUGCUCUCUGGGGUUCCAGGAUACACAGAAAAUGUUCCAGUCGGACAUGUUGAUAGCUGGAUUGCCUGGAACCAGAAUAGCAAUACUCCCGUCAUACAGGCCUGUGAUUUUAUCGGCACCAAUACAUAUCCACGCAUUCAGGCCGACAAUUCGGAUUCGAUAAGAGGCGGCGUCCAAUCUUUCUACAACUCUCUCAACGAUAUGUUGCGCAGAAUCUCGGAAACUGGCUCUCGUGCCUCAGUCUGGGUUACCGAAGGUGAAUGGCCCUCUGCUCCUUAUCUAGAGAAUCAAAGGGAGCCCGACGUCGUAGUCGCCGAGGUAAACUGGAAAAUCAUUGCCUGCGAAGUCUUCCGUAGAUAUAGCACCUUUUGGAAUUAUUUGCAACAUCAGGGAAACCCCAAGUUUGGUGUUCUCGAUUCGAAUGGCACGCCACUGUACGACCUAUCUUGCUAA